AUGGACUCACAAUCCAAACAGAAUGAGCAAGAAAGCCCAAGACUUUAUCACUUGGAACUUUAUGACUCUAGUGAGGAUUUAGCAAUGUUUUUAGAAGAACCCUUCCAAAGACGAGAUCUGGCUUUGCAUGAAAAGAGACAGGCAUCAGCUAGGAGAGGCAAAGAGGAUCAGAAUAGCUCACAGAAGGAUGCAGAAGAACCAGCAAGGCCUGACGUGGAUAAGGACACAGAAGUGGAACUCGCCACUAGUCCUGAGAGUGCAGCAGUAGGCCACGGGUCUGCUUCAACUGCAGAUUUGGCAAAGAGUAGCCACCUGAUGACCAAGACCACACCUACAGAGCACGUUCAAAGCACAGAGGAGAAACCAAUUCCUGGCAAGGAUUCACAAGCCCAACAUCCAGACAACGAAAGGGGUAGCAGCAAUGGUAGAAAAGUUGCUAUGGACCAGCAGCCCUUCAAACCAAACAACCAAGAGAAAGAGAAGGAGGAUUCAUAUUGUAUUACUUGCUGUGUUCCAAUCAGAGCGCAAGAUGAUCAGGGGUGCCAACAUGACGAACAUGAGGUCAUUCCUCUUCUCAGUGUUGUUGAGAUUGCCAAGGAUGAGCUUCAAAAAAAUAUAUGUAAACUGGAAGAUCAGAUUGCUCAUCUAGAGAAUUUUUCCAGUCAUUUGGAAGAGAUUUUUAUCACUGUAGAGGAGAAUUUCGUAAAGCAGGAGCAGAACUUUGAGAGGCAUUACAACGACGUGAUGCAGACCCUUGAACAAAGAUACGAAGAAAGCAUGCAGGCCUUGGGGGAAGAGAAGAAGGAGAAGCUGGAGGCUUUGUACAAGCAAUUGGUCAACUGUGGAGAAAACCUGGACACCUGUAAAGAGCUGAUGGAAGCUAUUGAGGAUCUAGGCCAAGGUGAAAAUAAACUGGCUGCAUUAAAGACUGCAAUAGCUACCAUUCACAGAUUAGAUGACUUCUUGGAAAAGGAUGUGGAUAUAACCCUCUCAACACCGGCAGACUUUGAAGAUCGAGUGAUAGAUUUCUCUGAUGUUGGAGAAUUAAUGGAUUCCGUGAUUGCAGUGCCAGCUGUUUUGCCUCCUUGUGCACCGGUCAUGAAUUCCCAAGACCCCAACUCAGCUACUGGUACAUCUGUGAGAGUAUGCUGGAGCUUUUUCUCAGAAGAUAUUGUUGAAAGGUAUCAGCUGUUCCACCGACGAGUAAGCAAUGAUAUAACAAAAGAUGAGCAAGAUGAGUUUAUCCUAAAUGUGAAAGAAACCUUUGCCACAGUUACUAACCUGGUGCCUAAUACACAGUAUGAAUUUUGGGUGAGAGCAUUCAACAGUGCUGGAGGUGGAUUAGCAAGUGAAAGAGCUGUUUAUCUGACAGCUCCUUUGCCACCAGUUAUCAAAAGUAAGGAGAUUCAAAGCUGCGAACAUGCUGCGCUGGUAAGCUGGGAAUCUGGAAACACAAAUCCUGUCGACUCUUACACUGUUGAACUAUCCAAGUUGACAGAUGGAGGAGAAGAAACGAUUACGGAGUCCAUUGUUGGGAUCCCAAACUGUGAAUCUCUGAUUCAGCUGGACCCAAGGACCAAGUACCUGCUGGCGGUGAAAGCCCUGAACAUGGGAGGUUCCAGCGAAAGAAGCAAGCCAGUCUCUAUCCAUAGCACUGGCACCUAUUUUACUUUGAAUGAGGAAACGGCCCAUCCGUUACUUUCUGUCCUAGAAGAUGGUUUUACAAUCACUUGCCGCAAAGCUGACAGUCCAAAAAGUGAUUUGUCUUUCCGCGAAAACAGUUUUACGAGGUCUGUUGCUAUACUGGGAAAGCCAAUACCAUUCCAAGGGAAACAUUAUUGGGAGGUGGAUGUUAAUGACAAUAUUGAAUAUCGUAUUGGUGUGGCCUUUGAAAACGUGUCCAGAGACAGCUAUUUGGGGACAAGUCACUCUUGCUGGUGCAUGAGACAUACCGUCACUUCUUCCAGGCACACCUAUGAAUUUCUGAACAAUGGGAUGACACCCGACAUCAGGAUCACAGUUCCUCCCAAGAAGAUCGGCCUCCUGUUGGACUACGAUGAUGGGACACUGUCAUUUUUUAAUGCAGAUAUCAUGCAACACCUGUAUACCUACCGGAGCCACUUCCAGGAUUUUGUGUGCCCUUGCUUUGCUGUGGAGGCACCUGGCACGCUCAGAAUUCAAAACCGCCUGGCCAUGCCCACCUAUGCCUUUUUGUGAUUAUGGCUAG